CUAAAUUCGUAAUUAUUCCUAAAAGUCAGUGGUAAGGCUGCAUCGGUCUUUCGCUCUGCACACAAAGGGCAAACUGCCUUCACAUCAACACGGACUUCAAGGUGAAACUUUUCCACGAGCGUCCUCCGGUUUGCUUGUUGUCCAGAAAAGCUGAAAGACUUGCGCAGCCCAGCCAGGAGAUGCCAAAUUGUCGUAGAAAUUAGACAACUGUCGCAGACUCGUCCUCUGAAGAUCUGAGCUGAUCCUACUUUGUCCAGAUCACAGCUGGCUUGUGGAGGAUGCCCAAAGAACCAAAUAAAUCAUCGGAUGAGGAGGGAAAGAAGGUCGACGAUAUAGCGUCAGAAGAUUCCACAGGUCAGACAGAUGGAUCAGAAGAGCUUGUGCGUAAAAGAAUCAGAACGAACACGCCGAGUCCUCACCGACAGACUCCUCCGUCCAGCCCGUCCAAGUUUGUGACCGCGGAGGAGCUGAUGGAGACGGCUAAAGGCGUGACUAACAUGGUGUUGGCUCAUGAGAUCACAGUGAACGGUGGCUUCCAAAUCAAACCCACCGAGCCUGCUGAGGGAAGUUUAGAGAAACAUGUUAAGGAAAUUGUGCACAAAGCAUUCUGGGAUUGUCUUGAAGCCCAGCUGAACGACGACCCGCCUGUCUAUGAACAUGCCAUCAAACUGGUCGGGGAAAUUAAAGAGACGCUGCUGUCCUUCCUGAUGCCGUCCCAGACACGUUUGAAAGGACAGAUAGAGGAGGCGCUGGACCUGUCGCUCAUCCAGCAGCAGGCAGAGAACGGAGCACUGGACAUCGGCAAGGUGGCUCAGUUCAUCAUCGACACCAUGGGCGCCUUCUGCGCGCCAUGUAGGGACAAAGAAGUCCGCAAGCUGAGGGACAUCACGGACAUUGUGCUUCUUUUUAGGUCUAUUUUUGCAGUGCUGGACAAAAUGAAGGUUGACAUGGCCAACUUUGCUGUCAGUAGCCUUCGGCCGCACCUGCUGCAGCACUCGGUGGAGUACGAGAGGAACAAGUUUCAGGGGUUUCUCAACACACAGCCUAAUGCUCUGAACUUCACUCAGAAAUGGCUGCAGGAAUCGGCGGACUCUGUGCUCAGAGGUGCUGAAGGGGGCAGUGCAGGCUCGCCCGGCUCCUCCUCGCAGCUGCUGCUGAAUGUGCACAACCACGCCUAUUUACGACUGCUGCACUGGGAGCACGGCAUGGACGAUUUCCCAGAGACGGUUUUGAUGGACCGUGGCAGGUUUCUGGAGAUGCAGUUGGAGCUUGAGCGCUUGGUGUUGAUGGCGUCUGUGCUCCUGAUCGUGUAUAACAGUGCGGGAGAGGCAAUCUCAGGAUUGCCGGGCCUCAUGGACACGCUGAAGAACACAGUCAGGAUCCUGCUGGUCGAUAUGCACACUCCGUCUUUCAAAGCAGACGAGACGUUCACCGCCAUCGGGGAGAAGCUUUGUUUGGAGCUGGGGGAAUGUCUGACUCAGCACGGCUUCUCACCUUUUCACCCAGACAGACAGAACACUCUGAAAGGCCAAAUCGCUGCCGUCAAGUCUCAAGAUAACCCUAUCCGUAAACUCGUCGAUUCUCGGAUCCAGGCCUACCUCCUGGGUUUCUUGGAGCCAGGUCCUCACAGGAGCCCGCCUGCUGUUCCCGGAGGUCUGGUACCCAUCGGCAAAGAGCUGGAGGAUAUCGGGAUCAAACUGAGCCACCUCGUGAACUUCAACAAGCUAGUCUACUCUCCGUUCUACCAGAAAAUCCUACAGGACGUCGUUCAGGCCGAGGGAAGCGCAGCCACUUGGACAGCAUCGAACAAAACUGACGACUAGAAUGAACCAGGCAGCUUAACGUAGGGUCCUAGGAACAACUGGGUUAAUGGCUUUGCUAAAUAUCUCCCCAAAGCUCACCUGCUGUCAAUGCUAGCAAAGGAUUUAUAUCGCUGAUUAAACAUUUAGAGCCUCCUAUCCUACUUUUAUAUGAUCAGGGAUCAGUCAGUUGAGCUUAAAGAAUUGUGUUUGUUUUUUUUGGUUUUUUUUCCUUUUUUUUCUUUUUUCUCCCCCCAUUCAUGCUUUUGUUCUGUGCCUGUUGAAGGUGUUGUGGGUGGGUAGGGUUUUUAAUGUUUCAGUGGUAUUAGGAGAUCAUAAUAAAUAGGUUUCUGUUGUAAUAUAGUGCAUUCCAACAGACAUGUGAAUUUGUUUUUUCGAUAUAGGAAGGCAAACGUGAUGCACGGUUAAAGUCGUGAAAACCCUGUUACUAAGCAACCGGGAAACACGGCUGCCGAAGAUAAGCUAGCUAUUGCCCGAGGAUAACGGCUUACCGAGCUAGGAUAUAGCCGAUAAGUACAGUCUGAAAACGUAGCAACAGCAGCGACAAGAUAAAUAUCAUCAAGAAUCUUGGCAUUACAAUUACGCUGUAAUUACGCAUCAGCCGCAAAACCAAACCAUGGAUUCGGCCAUGUUGAGAAACCUCAACCUUGAAAUUCUGAGCUAUGGGUUGUUUUUGACUUUGUAAUGAAUGGGCUUUGGAAAUCUGCUAAAAUACACUGAAUACACGACCCUGUUAGAACACAGCGUAGCUAUUGUGGCUUUUCAGAAGGAACAUGUGUUUAAAAUAGCUGCUGAGCUGACAUGUGGGCAUGAAUUAUUAUAUGGAGGCCAUGAAAUAUGUUGAGGGCUUGAGUUAAGUUUUUCAAGAUCUAUUAUAUGGCCACUAAGUAUUUAAAUAUCUUAAAAUGAGUGAGACAGAGAAAUCAAUUCAAUUAGACCAUUGUGGUUACAGGAACCUAUGAAUGUACAGUACUGUGCAAAAGUUUUAGGCACCCUAUUUUUUUUUCUUCUUUUUUUUAUGACUUCUACAUUGAGUCAGUACAAAAACAUUUUAGAUUCCCAAACAUUAGUUUUCUAGCACAAAAUGAAAUGUUAGAGAAAAAUGUUUGCAUGUCAGUAAAGAAAGCAGCAUAUUAUGUAAGAGAUGCUUCUCAGACAAAAAAAAAAAAGAAAAAAAAAAACACAAUGAAGGCUGUUGGGUUUUGCUGCAAAAAUAAAAACCAAGUGUGACAGUCACAGUCUCCCGAAGAACCGUGGCUGGUUCUGCAAGAUGUUCAAUAAAACUUACAGCUCAUUUCCUUAUACAACUGCACAAAUUGUACCUUUGUUUCAUUUAUUACUGCUUUAUAGAGUAUUUUUUUAAAUGUAGAAACAUUUAAUUUCAUUAUUUUUGAAGGCAUCUUUUCUCUACAGCACUUCUUAGUAUGUGCCUAAGACGUUUGCACAGCAAUGUAGAUGAUUGAUGGAUUAUAUUAAACUUGCGCAAAUUUUAAAUUUUGCGCAAAAGUUUUUGCUCGUUCCUGACAAAUGGUUAAGUCAGUGAGGCCAUGUAUUAAGUGUGAGCUUCAUAAUAUACAGUAUCUCACAAAAGUGAG